AUGCGCGAAAGGGCCAAAGAAUCCACGAGAUUCUUGUCUCGUGGACCCCAACAACCCAAGGCCACGGAACGGAGCUCAGACUCUACUCGAAGAGUCUCAUUCAACGGAAUUCCCCUCCGUCUCCGAAACAACGCCAAACAAGACGUCCUCGUCGAGUUCAGCGACGUAGCCGCCCACACCGCCAAAUGCGAUACAUGCAACAAUCGCAACCGGGAUGGAAUGACUCGCUGCACUUCAUGCGGCUGGCAAUGCUGUCGCAAGUGUCUUGGAGAACGAGGUGGGAACCGAAGCCACCAGUCCUUCACGUCUACUCAUGUACCCUCUGAUGAGAGGCGAUCCCUACCCUCUACACCUGUCACCGAUACUCCCACGCCAGCUCCCAGACUUGCUUCCAGUGGACGUGCAAUGGUAGGAAGCAGAUCUAUGCCUGGUCUUACUCCUGGUUCUGUCCCUGCUCCUGCCCAUGGCGGAAGGGGAAUGGUGAGCACGGCAGAGGAUCGCGAGGCGGCUAACGCAUUGGUGGACAUCUCGUUCGAAUCUUCUACUCGGAAUGACCGCGGAGAAGGGCGCUCGGAUAACGCGCGUGCUGGUUCUAAUCCUUCUGCCGCUUCGGAUGCUACUGCCGAAGAGGAUCAGAGUAGAGCUGGUCAUUCUGUGGGGCAAUCUAGAUUGCGUGGUGAAUGGACGGUGGAUGAGCAGAUGGAGGGCGAGGAGUUUGGAAAUCCAAGACGAAAUCCGUCUCGGCGGGCGAGGCCGAUUGAUUUGGCGGAAUGA